UCAGUCCGCUUCCCGCUGCUCCUGGAGCGCAGCCGCGUCCCGAGCCUCCGCGGUAAUGAAGCGGCGGUACGCGGCUGCGGCUGCCCGGGCUGUGCGCAGGGGUCUCCUUAUCCCGGGAGGUAGCGGCGGUCCGCGAUGGCGCCCGGGGCGCCCUCGGCCGCCUCCGGGGUGUAACGGGUGUCAGGGGCGUUUCACCGGCGAGGAGGCGGCGAGGGAGCGCCCGACAUUAGUCUAGAUGCAGUAAAUUGGAAGAAAUGGAAGAAAGGAAGAUCAAGAGGAGGAGCCCCAAAUCAUCUUCCAGUCACUCUGCUCAGGUUGCUAACUCCAAGAAAAGCUCAGUGCCAGUCAGUAAAAGUACAGCCUUUUCCAACCCUGCCCCACAGCCUGCUGUACAAAAACCAAAGUUAAAACGCGUAAUCAAAGAGAAAGCCAAACCUCCAGGAGCUGAAGCAAAAGGGGCACAGGCAGCACCAAUCCAGCAUUCUUUUCUCACAGAUGUAUCAGAUGUCCAGGAAAUGGAAAGGGGACUUCUGAGUCUCUUGAAUGACUUCCACUCUGGCAAACUUCAGGCAUUUGGAAAUGAAUGUUCCAUAGAGCAGAUGGAGCAUGUGCGGAGUAUGCAGGAGAAACUUGCUCGCCUCAAUCUGGAGCUCUAUGGGGAGAUGGAAGAACUUCCUGAAGACAAAAGAAAACUAGCCAGUGAUUCCAACCUGGAUAGACUGCUGUCAGAUCUAGAAGAACUAAAUUCAUCUAUCCAAAAGCUACAUUUAGCCGAUGCUCAAGAUAUUCCAAAUGGUACUACAGGCUGAGAGAGAACAUCUUUGUCAGUCUGGAUUCUCCAGCUUUGCUUUUGUUUUUCUGGACAAUGGAAUCAAGAAGAGUUGUGACUUCGUGUUGUUUUUUAAUUUUACACAACAAAGAAUCAAAGUGCAAAUCCAGGUGUUUAUUUUGCACAUUCCUCUGAGCACUGCAUUAUGUUAGGGCUCAGUACCUAGAGUUGUAGUUAAUUGUGAUGCUGUGCUUUUUAUUAUUGCCUUACUUAACAGAAAAAUUGGAGAAACUUGGAAAUGCAUUUCUUCUGCUCAGUGUUCAUAUGGUUGCAAGUGGUACAUGUAUAUAAGUUCAUUGGCAUUUCUCCAGUUUUUAUGAAGGUACUGAUAAUGUUGCCUUUCUAAUCAUUAUACAGACAAUCUGCUCACUGUCUCUUUAGUGUUUUGUUGAUUGGUGAUGCCACCAGAUAAUUUAUUGUUAAUAAAGUGAAAAGUUUUAAAUAUAUGAUGUUUCAUUUGCAGAAGCUGAUAUUGGAAGAUGAGUUUUAGCACUGUCCAAAUGUUUGCAGAGUUUACAUUUUCCCAUACUAUGAAUAAUUAUAAAGUCUCACCAAAUUAGAAUUGGUGUGCAUGCUACCAGUCUACAUAAAUUAAGUAUUGUGAAAAUCCAAAACUCGGUAAAUAGUCACUGUUCAAUAAAUCCAGGAUAAUCAA